CAAAAUGUUGCCAUAUUUAAACAGUGCUUUGGUGUGAAGUAUACACAUUAAGCUGCUGCUUCUUUAUUUCCACAUGGACUCCACAUUUGUUGUCCAGCUGGGAUUAACUGGAUACUGAUAUGAAAUCAUAUCUACAAGAGCUGCAGUCCUUUCUCUUGACUUCUUUCUGACUUGUGGACACUCAACUUAGCAGCAGCAAUGGCCACAGCUGGGAAGGUCAUCAAGUGCAAGGCAGCAGUAGCCUGGGAGCCCAACAAGCCUCUGGUGCUUGAAGAGAUUGAGGUGGCCCCGCCCCAGGACAAUGAGGUCCGCAUCAAGAUUGUGGCAACAUCGGUGUGCCACUCUGACCUGUACCACCUUUUGGAGAGCAUGCAUAAAGAUGGCUUCCCAACGGUCCUCGGCCACGAGGCAGCCGGCAUUGUAGAGAGUGUCGGGCCUGGAGUUACGGAAUUUCAGCCAGGAGACAAGGUGAUUCCUCUGUUCCUCUCCCAGUGCAGAGAAUGUCAGCUCUGUAAGAAUCCAAAGACCAACCAGUGUGCAAUAGGAUGGACCAGGAUUCGUCAGGAAAUUAUGGCAGCGGUUGAAUCCAGGUUUACCUGUAAAGGAAAGAGAGUGCUGCAGUUUAUGGGAACCAGCACCUUCUCUGAGUACACUGUGAUACACCAGACUGCUGUGGCUAAGAUCGACCCAGAUGCCCCUCUGGAUAAAGUCGGUCUCCUCGGCUGUGGGAUCUGCACUGGAUAUGGAGCAGCAGUUAAUACUGCUAAGGUUCAGCCAGACUCCACAUGUGCCGUGUUCGGUCUGGGAGCUGUGGGUUUGGCUGCAGUCAUGGGCUGCAAGUCUGCAGGUGCAAAGAGGAUUAUAGGUGUUGAUAUCAAUCCAGAAAAAGCUGAGAAGGCCAAGGUGUUUGGUGCUACUGACUUUGUGAACCCCAAAGAUCACAAUAAGCCCAUCAAUGAAGUGCUGUUUGAGAUGACCAAUGGAGGAGUGGACUACUCCCUGGAAUGUGUUGGGAAAGUGGACAUCAUGUGCAGUGCUUUGAAGUCUAGUGCACCAGGUUGGGGUGUCAGCGUGAUUGUUGGCUGGACAGACAUGUACGACAUAGCAGUCCGACCUGUUGAGCUUAUUUCUGGACGUACAUGGAAGGGAUCCCUGUUUGGAGGAUUUAAGAGUAAAGAUGGCGUUCCUGAGAUGGUCAAAGCCUACAUGGACAAGAAGGUGCAGCUGGAUGAGUUCAUCACUCACAACAUGACUUUGGACCAAGUCAAUGACGCCAUUGAACUGAUGAAGCAUGGCAAAUGUAUCCGGGCAAUGAUGAGCAUUUCUCCACAGUAGGACCACACUGUGGCAUUCAGUGACACCAGAGUAAUUCAGAUUCAGUAAUCUGCAUCUAUAUCUUCAGCAGAUAUACAAUACAAUGCACAAAAUAAAGAGACCUGACCAGUAUUCAGUCAGUUAUACGUAGAUUGUGGUUGUGAGAUCUGCAGUGUUAUUCUAAGCAAGAACUAAACAUGUCAAAGUGUUUAUAGAGAUAAUAAAUGUUUUAAACAGA